AUGCAUCGGACCUUUCAAUUCCUUAUCGGACUCUUAAUCGUCGUUACCAUUCAAGCAGGUCUCAUCUGUCCUCUGUGCGGAAGUGCCAACAAGGUUCCAACGAGAUGGGACCAUGUCGUCAGCCAGAGUCCUCUCAAAACCUGCAGAAGUAUAUAUUUCGAACUGGCCAUGAGACCCAUCAACCAUCCAACCUGUGCCCCCAUGCAACAGCAAUACCAAGCGACAUGCUGUAAUGCCGCACCGGCUCCAGCUCCGGCUCCAGCUCCCGUCCCAUCAGGUGAAAGCGGAGGCCAUCCAUAUUGCAGAAUUUGCCGGAACGAUGAUUUCCCUGGAAAUCCAGAAGUAAUGAUCUCUGCUCGCUACGUCGGGACAUACUCCUGUGGUACUUUGUAUCAUCGAGGAAAGAAUGGCCAAAUUCCUGGGUUCAUGUGCGGACCUUUGCAAGAUCGUAUUUACGAGAAGUGCGGCUGUGGCCAAACGCCACCCACCAACAGACCAACUCCACCACCCGCUCCUAGACCAACACCAAACCCGACUCGAAGGCCAACACCACAGCCUACCCGUAGACCAACCCCACGCCCCACAGGCAGACCAACACCGCGUCCUACCCGUAGACCAACACCACAGCCAACACGCAGGCCCACACCGCAACCUACGAGACAUCCAACUCCGCGUCCAACUCGUGGGCCAACUCCAAAUCCAACUCGGCCUCCAACUCGCAGGCCAACUCUAAAUCCAACACCUGCACCGACUCGUCCUCCAACUCCGGCGCCCACAACGGGACAAACUCCCAAACCCAAUGGACAGUAUGAGCGAAAGAGGCCCGAAAUCACUGAUAAAUUUGAUCUUCGAUUGCCAAGACGACAUGCAUACCAAGGAUUCAAUCAAGGAGGAUUCAGACGUGGGCUGAGCGAAAACCAAGCUAACGAUAAUCCAGUACUGGUGGAGAACUAG